UACUUGUCUGAAACUUCCUACCAUUUCUAAAUCAAACACAUCCAUCACCUUCUCCCCAUAUUCUAAAACAAACACAUCCAUCAUGAGUUCCUUAGAUUACUCAUCUUCUGAUGGAGAAGAAGAGAUGGAAGAGUUGAAUAUGUUUCACUUUCACUGUUUGGCUUUAAUCGGGCGGAGGCUUGAUAAAGCUUCAUCCUCACGUCGUCGUUCAUCAAGUCGCACCUACAUUGAUCGUGAAAGGGAUGUCUCCGAUGUUUGACCGGAUCCUCCACGGAUCCUCCCAACAAGUACGAUUUAAGGUAAACGGUCAUACCUAUGAUUUGGCUAAUGGUAUUUAUCAUUCUUAGUUAACUUUACUGAAAACAUUCAUCAAUCCAAGCUCAAACAAAGAAGCCUUGUUUGCUCGAUGUCAAGUAGCACAUCGAAAAGACGUAGAGCAGGCUUUUGGAAUUCUUCAAGCUAGAUGGGUAAUCGUUCGUGGCCCUGCGAGAUCUUGGGAUGUUGCCACAAUUAAUGAUAUAAUGUUGAUAUGCAUUAUAUUGCACAACAUGAUAAUCGAGGAUGAGCAGAUUGAUUCUAACGAUGAGAUAGAAGAUAAUCUUGAUUAAGAGGUCCAUGACCAACAACCAACUAAUGUCGACAGAGAUAUUCCAACCCUAACUGAGUAUUUGGCUAGGAAUAAUAGGCUUCAUGCUGCAUCAACACAUCAUGGGCUUCGUCAGGACUUGGUCGAACACAUUUGGAACUUGCAUGGAAAUAAUUAGUCAUUGUUGUUGCCAAGGGGGGAGGCAGAGAAGAAAUUGGGGGGUCCUGAGACCCACCUUGGAUCUUGGCAAGAAGCUAAAAAAUAAGCAACCAUCAAAUGCUCGAGUGGGGGAUCAAACAUAGCAUCACCUGUCAGAGAGUUUCAGUCACUUACAGGUAGGCUACAACUCUUGUAAUUAUAUUUAACUUUACUUCACACUGUAUUAUGGUAUACGUGAACUAAUAUUAGACAAACAAGUAAAACAUACAUCUAAUUGUUUAUUCCUAAUUCACAAUCCCUAACUCACUUUCAGCUUCUCCUCCGAAACCAAACUCUGCCGCAAACUCUCACCCACCACCGUAAUUCGUUUCGAUUAACCUCCAAUUGUAGACGACCAUCUCCGUUGGUCUUCCAAUCCUAGUCUAUCUCGGAUUGAUCAUCUCUGCAGUACUUGGUUCCUCGCUAACCUUACUUUUUUAAAUUUUCAUUUCAGAACCAACUUAAACGAAAUCCUAGCUACGCCCAUGGUUGUUGCUUGGUAUUGAUGCUGGGAUGCUUUGUAAUUCAAUUAAAGUUGUAGCUGGUGACAAUUUGUUUUAUAAUUCAAGAAAGCAUUUUCAUUUCAAUAAUAUAUUUUCCAUUCUUAGUUCGGUCUAGUUUUUGUUUACACACAACUUCAAUAUGAUAAACAUAAAUUUUAAAUAAAAUGAAUUCAAUUUAAGUCAUCUUAUCAAAUAAAAUAAGACGACUUAACUAAGAAUCGAAAUGGCGGAUCCGCUAUCCCUCAAGAGGAGUUCGUCAAAGGGAUCCACUAUCACCCUAAUUGUUCGUCCUAUGUAUGGAACGUCUUGCCCACAGAAUCGAAAUGGCGGUUGCUAACAAGCAACGAAGACUUCUUUCUCUUACGUCUCAUGGCCUUAAACUCUCACAUUUUUUUUUUUUUUGCAGACGAUCUCAUCUUAUUUGCAGAAGCUGGAAGCAAACAAAUUGAUAUCAUGAGACAAUGUCUGGAGGACUUCUGUGAUAGCUCGGGUAAGAAAGUUAAUUUGAACAAAUCGGUUCUCUUUGUCUCACCCAACAUCAUAAGAGGAAAAGCUCAGAAUCUCAGCACCCGAGCCAAUAUUCCUCUCACUAUGGAUCUAGGAAGGUAUUUGGGUUUGAAUGCUAUCCACGGAAGGGUGACCAAAGCUCACUACAAGGAAUUAGUUCUGCACAUUGAAAAGAAGCUAGCUACCUGGAAAACUAACUGCCUCUCCUUGGCGUCACGGUUAACCAUGGACCAACAAGAAGUUUAUUUGGGGUGAAGAAGAGGGGAAUUCCAAACCUCACCCAAUAGCUUGGGAGCAGAUGACUAUGCCUAGAGCUCAAGGAGGAGGGGGAAUUCGCCCCACCCGUCUUGCUAACCAAGCGAUGUUGGCGAAAGGUAGCUGGAAGUUAAUAACAAGAGAUGACUCUCUCUGGACCAAGCUACUCCUUGACAAAUAUGGUGGAAACAAGGAGGGAAUCGGCAUACUUCAACAUUAAAAGGGAAGCUCUCUCGCCUGGAGAAGCUUUACUUCUACUGCCAAUGUGCUAAAGAAAGGUCUAGCCAUGAAUGUUAAAAAUUGAAAACGCACUAAUUUCUGGCUUGAUUCCUGGAUCAUGCAGGUCCCUCUCGCUAAGCUUGCUACAGCCAAAGUUCCGGAGGAGUAAAAGUUGUGUCGAGUUGUUGACGUGUGGGAUCUAGAUCGUGGCUGGAAGAUUGAAGAAUUUCAUCACCUCUUGCCGAACAAGAUCGUGGACAAAAUUAGAGCUGCUAUUGUUGACCCUCUCGCUGCUGAAGAAGAUCGUCUUUUUUGGAACCUUACGAAAAUGGACACUUUACAGUUAAGUCGACCUACAAAGUAACUCAACAGGCGUAGGUGCAGCACCCAAAUGUUGUUGGGAAGUGCAUCUGGAAACUUCAGGUUCCAGAGAGAGUUCGUGCUUUCAUUUGGAUGGCGGUGCAAGAUAAACUCACUACCAACAACAUCAGAAAGUUCUGACAUUUAGCUGACGAUGAUUCUUGCCCUGACUGCGUGGGUACUCCUGAAACAAAUCUUCAUUGUCUUCGUGACUGUAGGAAGGCAAAAGCAGUAUGGGACAAAACUCUUGAUCAUCAACGAAGGAGCUUGUUCAAUAGCAUGCCCCAUGAAGACUGGAUUAAAACCAAUCUCAUGGACGACUCUGGCGGCAAUUGGCUAGGGACAUGGAGUAGCUUUUUCAGUUUAAUUCUAUGGUAUUUAUGGAAGUGCAUAAAUGAAGGAAUCUUCAAAGGUAUCAAGUUAACGAAUUCUUACCUCCACCAUUACGUCAUCACUAAAGCAACAGAGUGGGCUAAAUCUUGGGAUUCGGCUAAGAAGAAGCUGGCCAGGGACACAAUUUACCACAGGGUGGAAAUGAUGGUUGGCUGGUCAAAGCCUCCUACUGGUUGGCAUAAGUUAAAUACUGAUGGAGCCGCACAGAGUAACCUGGGUUGUCUUUCAGCAAGAGGAGCACUUGGCGACCACAACGGUGAAUGGAUAAGUGGUUUUCUCAGCAAAAUUGGUUCGGGUUCAACUUUACUUGCUGAGUUAUGGGGUAUCCUGAAGGGUUUGGAACUUGCUUUGAAAAAAGGGUCACGCUUUCUUAUUCUGGAAUCAGACUCUCAACUAGCUCGUCAUUUGAUUGAAAAGAGAACUGACAAUGUUCAUCCCUAUGCUACGAUCCUAGGUACCAUUCACCUACUCUUGGCCAAUGAAUGGGUGGUUCGGUUAGUUCAUAUGUAUCGUGAAGGGAAUAGAGUCGCAGACUGGCUCUCGAAUCACAGUCUCGUCUAUUCCUUUGGUACGUAUGAAUUGGACGAUCCCCCAUUAGAACUCGAUAGGAUAUGUCGAGAAGAUAUUCUAGGGAUUAGUUUCCCUCAUCUUGUGCUUCAAGCUCGCUCACCAUGAACCCCCUGCUGAACUUCUUUGUCUGCCCGUCUCUAGUUUUUGUGUUUACCUCUAUUCAUGGAGUUGAGUUGGUAGCCUUUGUCCUUUUGUAAUCUGGCUUUUUGCCUCCCUCUAAUUAAAAAAAAUCAAAUAGAAUAAAUUAAACAAAAUAUU